AUGAACUACUGGCCCUCCAUCAUCGGCAUUGUUCUGACGGGAUUUGGAUUCUUCUGCGUUUUCCAGUCAGCAUUGAGCUACCUAGUCGACACCUUUACCCGAUACAGCGCCAGUGCUAUUGCAGCAAAUACCUUUGUUCGUUCCAUGGCUGCUGGAGUCUUUCCGCUCUUUGUAUCUCCUAUGUAUAACAGAUUGGGGGUUGAUUGGGGAACCACGGUGUUUGCAUGCAUAAGCGCGCUCCUGAUCCUGGUGCCGUUUUUCUUCUUUAAAUGGGGAAGAAUGAUCCGUCAGAAGGUGGAAUGGAGGGAGCCGAGUGCCAUAUAG